AUGGUGGUGGGUGGGGGCAGCGGAGACAGGGGCGAAUGGGAUGGACGAUGGAACCACAUCAAUACGUUUCUGGAAAGACCAGGACCUUACGCUUACCAUGACUUUGAGCCUAGCACAGAGUUGCUCCAGUUUUUCUUAGACAUCUGCAAAAUACUUGUUAUUGGAGCAGGUGGCCUUGGAUGUGAACUUCUCAAAGAUUUGGCCUUUUCAGGUUUUCGUCACAUAUACGUUGUUGACAUGGAUACCAUUGACGUUUCCAACCUCAACAGACAGAUCUUCUUUAGGCUGAAGGAUGUGGGACGGCCAAAGGCAGACAUUGCAGCGGAUUUUAUCAAUAGCCGCAUUCCAGGAUGCAAUGUGUUGCCCCAUUUCAAGAAAAUCGAAGACUUUGAUGAGCCGUUUUACAGACAAUUCCACAUAAUAGUUUGUGGACUCGACUCCAUAAUCACCAGGAGGUGGAUGAAUGGCAUGUUGCUGUCUCUGCUGGUUUAUAAAGACGGGGUGCUGGACUCCAGCUCCAUCAUCCCGCUGAUUGACAGGAGGACAGAGGGCUUCAAGGGCAACGCUUGGGUAGUCUUCCCUGGCAUGACUGCCUGCAUCUACUGCACCCUGGAGCUCUACCCAUCACAGAUUAACUUCCCCAUGUGUACGAUAGCCUCCAUGCCCCGGUUACCAGAACAUUGUGUUGAGUAUGUGCUGAGACCUUCAUCGAGCUUUACUGCUGCGGCCCAACCUCCUGAUCCGGGGCCUUCACCUGGUCCCUCUGCCUGCGUCUGGCUUGUCCGGUGGCCACUGCUCGUUGCUGCUUUGUGGCUCCAGCCACCUAAGUAUCCAGUCCCAAGGUCCUCGUUGAGCUCUGCUGCUGCAGCCCUGCGGUCUCCAGUCCUGAGACGCUCGUCGAGCUCUGCCGCGGUGGCUCUGCGGUCUCCAGUCCUGGUGUCUUCAGCUGACACUGUGCCAGGGGUCAAUAUGACUCCUGCUCCUCCCCUGGGGGUCUUACAAGCCCUCACUGUUGAGGUACUCCUGUUGCCUGUUCCUGGGCAGAGGGGGCAGCCGCCAUCAGAUCCACCACCACAUCUAGUUGGUUCCCCUCUUCCAGAACUGCCUCACAGCCUGCACUGGCCCCCACAGCGUCAAUCGCCCUGGUCUGGUGAACUCAAGCACCUUUGUGACGGGGCGGCAAGGUGCAUCAAAAGACAGGCCUUCUGUUGGACCAGUCGCCCGUCUGGUCUACAUUUCUGCCUCUCUAGAUGA